AAGAAAGAAAUGUGGACAGAGAGAAUGAGAAGGUGUCUCCUCUUCACCAGAAGAAUCAUUGACAAGGCCCUUGAAAAAAUUGACGGAGUAAGAACCGCAGCCAUGGCAAAGAACUGCCACAACGACUACAAAAUGAAGUUCUCCCUGGACGAUGAGUACCCCGAUCUGUCCCUGCACAACAACCACAUGGCCAAGGUGCUGAACAAGGAAAUCUACGGCAGGCUGAGAGGCAAGUCCACCCCCAGCGGCUUCACCCUGGAUGACAUCAUCCAGACCGGUGUUGACAACCCUGGUCACCCCUUCAUCAUGACCGUGGGCUGCGUUGCUGGUGAUGAGGAGUCCUAUGAGGUCUUCAAGGAUCUGCUGGACCCUGUCAUCUCCGACCGUCACGGCGGAUACAAGCCCACUGACAAGCACAAGACCGACCUGAACUUCGAGAACCUGAAGGGUGGUGAUGACCUGGACCCCAACUAUGUGCUGUCCAGCCGUGUUCGUACCGGCCGCAGCAUCAAGGGAUUCACCCUGCCCCCCCACAACAGCCGUGGAGAGCGUAGAGGCAUUGAGAAGCUGUCCAUUGAGGCCCUGUCCAGCCUGGAGGGUGAGUUCAAGGGAAAGUACUACCCCCUGGACGGUAUGACCGACGCUGAGCAGGAUCAGCUGAUUGCUGAUCACUUCCUGUUUGACAAGCCCGUGUCCCCCCUGCUGACCUGCGCUGGUAUGGCCCGUGACUGGCCCGACGGCAGGGGCAUCUGGCACAACGACAACAAGACCUUCCUGGUCUGGGUGAAUGAGGAGGAUCACCUGCGUGUCAUCUCCAUGCAGAAGGGAGGCAACAUGAGGGAGGUCUUCAGACGCUUCUGCGUUGGCCUGCAGAAGAUUGAGGAGAUCUUCAAGAAGCACAACCACGGCUUCAUGUGGAACGAGCAUCUGGGCUACAUCCUGACCUGCCCCUCCAACCUGGGAACUGGCCUGCGUGGUGGAGUGCACGUCAAGCUGCCCAAGCUCAGCACACAUCCCAAGUUCGAAGAGAUCCUGACCAGGCUGCGUCUGCAGAAGCGUGGCACAGGUGGUGUGGACACAGCCUCCGUGGGUGGUGUGUUUGACAUCUCCAACGCCGACCGUCUGGGCUCCUCCGAGGUGCAGCAGGUCCAGCUGGUGGUUGACGGUGUCAAGCUGAUGGUUGAGAUGGAGAAGAAGCUGGAGAAGGGAGAGUCCAUUGAUGGCAUGAUCCCCGCCCAGAAGUAA